AGGAGGGCGAUGAUAAGGAUGUAGAAGCUGACGAGCCACGAUCAGCACCUAUCCGGUUUGGCUGGGUGACGGGUGUCAUGAUCCGCUGCAUGCUGAACAUUUGGGGUGUGAUCCUUUAUCUGCGUUUGCCGUGGAUAACUGCGCAGGCUGGUAUAGGGCUGACCUGGCUGAUCAUUUUAAUGUCAGCUGUGGUGACCAGCAUCACUGGCCUGUCCAUUUCUGCCAUCUCCACCAACGGGAAGGUCAAAGCAGGGGGUACUUACUUCCUCAUCUCACGUAGCUUGGGUCCAGAGCUUGGCGGCUCCAUCGGGCUUCUCUUCUCCUUCGCCAACGCUGUUGCCGUGGCUAUGCACGUGGUGGGCUUUGCCGAAACAGUCAGAGAUCUCAUGUUGGAAAAUGAUGCAAUGAUGUCUGACCCAGUGAACGACAUACGCAUCAUAGGUGUGAUCACCGUCACUCUUCUGCUUGGCAUUGCCCUCGCUGGCAUGGAAUGGGAAGCGAAGGCUCAGAUUGUCUUCUUCAUUGUCAUCCUCUUAUCUUUCAUCAGCUUCUUCGUUGGGACUGUUAUCCCAGCCUCCAAAGAGCAGCAGACCAAGGGAUAUUUCAGCUAUAAAAGCGACAUCUUCUUGCAGAACAUCGUGCCCGAAUGGCGAGGAGAGGAAGGAAGUUUCUUUAGCAUGUUCUCCAUCUUCUUCCCUUCAGCUACCGGCAUCCUGGCUGGUGCUAAUAUCUCCGGAGACCUCAAGGAUCCCGAAGUAGCCAUCCCUCAAGGAACACUGAUGGCCAUCUUCUUGACCACCAUGACGUACCUGGCUAUUUCUGCCACCAUAGGUGCUUGCGUGAUCCGCAAUGCCAGCGGCAGCCUGAAUGACACCAUAGCGGCCGCCAACUUCACAGGGGAUUGCGUCGGCUUGGGCUGUGGCUACGGGUGGGACUUCACUGAGUGCACCUUGAAUGGGACCUGCAGAUACGGGCUGGCCCAUGACUACCAGGUGAUGAGCAUGGUGUCAGUGUUCAGCCCCCUGAUCACAGCCGGGAUCUUUGCUGCUACCCUGUCUUCGGCUCUGGCUUGCUUUGUCUCUGCUCCCAAGGUCUUCCAGUGCCUCUGCCAGGACAACCUCUAUCCCUUCAUUGGCUUCUUUUCCAAGGGAUACGGGAAGAACAAAGAGCCUCUAAGGGCCUAUGGCUUGACCUACCUCCUGGCUAUUGCCUUCGUCCUCAUUGCUGAGCUCAACACCAUUGCCCCCAUCAUUUCCAACUUCUUUCUCUGCUCCUAUGCCCUCAUCAAUUUCAGCUGCUUCCAUGCCACCAUCACCAACUCUCCAGGCUGGAGGCCUUCCUUCCGCUAUUUCAGCAAAUGGACCGCCCUCUUCGGGUCCAUCAUCUCUGUGGUCAUCAUGUUCCUGUUGAUGUGGUGGGCAGCGCUCAUUGUGGUUGGGGUCAUCGGCUUGAGCUUGGCGUAUGUCACCUACAAGAAACCGGAGGCAAACUGGGGUUCCUCAGUGCAGGCCGGCACCUACAACAUGGCCCUGUCCAACACCGUGAACCUGGUCAACGUAGAGGAUCACGUCAAGAAUUUCCGGCCACAGUGUAUGGUCCUCUCAGGCCCACCAAACUUUCGCCCAGCCCUGGUGGAUUUUGUUGGCGCCUUCACCAAGGGCGUGAGCCUCAUGAUCUGUGGAAACGUCCUUCAGGCAGAAGACACCUUGUCCACUGACGAUCACGAUGAACAGGUGCAGUGGAUGAGCUCGAGGAAGGUCCGCUCCUUCUACACCUGCAUCACGACGUCUGAUCUGAGAACAGGGGCUAGAAACCUCAUGCAGGUCUCGGGCCUGGGCCGUCUCAAGCCCAACACCGUUGUCCUGGGUUACAAGCAGAACUGGCAGAUAGACAGUCCCCACAGUCUGGAGAGCUACGUGGGCAUAAUACAUGAUGCUUUUGACAUCAGUGCUGGCGUAUGCGUGCUCCGGAUGCGCGACGGACUGGAUGUGUCACGGAAGGUGAAGUCCCACGUGAACUUGGGCUUUGAGGAUCCAGAAGCAACCCUGAGCCUGGAGAAUAAGCGCGAGGCAUACAGGGUAGUCGGUGCCGACAAGUUCCUGGAGACGGUGUUUCAGGGCAAGCAGAAGAAGAAGAACAUUGACAUAUACUGGCUGUUCGACGAUGGUGGGCUGACCCUUCUCAUCCCCUACCUCCUCACCCGCCGAAAACGCUGGAGCCGCUGCAAAGUCCGAGUCUUCAUCAGCGGGGAGAUCUCCAAUGCUGAGCAGCAAAGAGAAGAGAUCCAGUUUUUGUUGAACAAGUUCCGCCUGGGCUUCAACGAGGUCGUGGUGCUGCCGGAAAUAAAGUGGAAGCCAGAGGAGACAAGUCUUAAAGAGUUUGAGGAUCUCAUCGCCCCGUAUCGCUUCAAUGAAGGCCAGAGAAGCCAAGAAGCUGUGGAAGAGAUGAGGAAGGAGGCGCCCUGGAAAGUCACCGAUGAAGACCUCAGCACCUUCAAGAAAAAGACCGAGCAGCACAUCCGCCUUCAUGAGAUCCUUCAGGACCAUUCACGCAAUGCGGCCCUGAUUGUCAUGAGCCUUCCUGUGGUCCAGAAAGGGGCCUGCCCGAGCGCGCUCUACAUGGCCUGGUUGGAGACCGUCUCCAAGGACCUGCACCCGCCUGUUGCCUUCAUCCGGGGUAACCAGCAGGAUGUACUGACGCUUUACUGCCAAUAGAGGGUAGCAUCAUUUCAAGAGAUCAGUGUGUAGCAGAUCAGGAGCCCUCCUUCCACACACACUGGUGUUGUGAAAGCACAGGAUUCUGAAAACAUCCAAGAGGGGCUCUGCCAGGCAUGCAAACGAGGGAACAGAUCGUCUUCGAUAUCUGUGAGAAGCGGGGAAGGGACAUGUGCUACAAAAUGGCGCUGUUGAGACUGUUGUCCCUCUUUUCCCCUGGAUUUUACCCAGCGGAUUAUUAUCUACUACACCAACGUUCUUGGGUUCUGUGCCUAAGGGGCUAUCUGUAAAUAGGGAAAUAAAUUUUUGAAU